AUUCUAUCGGGCCACGCCGACCCCCAAUUGGGAGAUCUAGGUGGGAUCCCGUUGAUAUCUUAGCCACUCACGCCGUUAUGGCCAUCCAUUCAAGAUCAACCACUACGGCUCUCCUGCGUCAACUGUCCAGAGCAUCGUCAUCCCGAUCCAUUCUCGCACCUCGACAGCUCACAGCCCCGUCGCCAUGCGCCUUACCGCUUUCACCCGCGCCUCCCUCGCGUCGCCCUUCGUCGACCUUCUCCUCCGUCAACCCUGAGGAGAUCUCCCACUUCAACAGCCUCGCGUCGUCCUGGUGGGACCCACAGGGUCCGUCCCGCCUCCUCCACCUCAUGAACCCUCUACGCCACGACUUCAUCCGAGAGUGCCGCUCGUCCUCGUCCGUCCCGGACCCCAUGACCGCGUCGUCCUACCCUUCUCAUAACCUCCGCUACCUCGACAUCGGCUGCGGCGGCGGCAUAUUCGCCGAAUCCGCAGCGCGUCUACCCACCACCGCCAGCGUGACCGCCAUCGACCCGUCGCCGGAGGUCCUCUCCGUCGCCCGCGCCCACGCCCGGCGCGACCCGAGCCUGCGUCCGCCGCGGCUCAACUACCUCUCCGCGACGGUCGAGACGCUGCCGCCGCCCGAAUCGGACGCGGACCGGUUCGACGUCGUGUCGGUGUUCGAGGUUGUCGAGCACGUCGACGAGCCGGUCGAGUUCCUGCGGAGGUGCGCGGCGUUCGUGAGACCGGGCGGCUGGCUGGUCGGCAGCACCAUUGCGCGGACGUGGCUGAGCUGGUUUACUACAAAUCUGGUGGCGGAGGACAUCCUACGCAUCGUGCCCCCCGGGACGCACGACUGGAAUAAGUACAUCGACGACGGGGAGCUGAGGGGCUGGUUUGCGGGGAGCGAUUGGACGAAUGCGCGGAUCAUGGGGGUGGUCUACGUCCCUGGGCUGGGUUGGAGGGAGGUGAACGGGAGCGAGAAGGUGGGCAACUAUUUCUUCGGCUUCAGGAAGAGUUCCGAGGGAGAGGCACGGGGUGAACCUCUAGAGAAAGCGUGAGAGGGUUUGAGGUGUAAGAUAUGAAGGGUGAAAAAAAAAAGGUCAACCAACCAUACACAGGGCACCGUCCCUCAUGGUUUGGGGAUAUGACGCGUGAUGUACAAUAAACUAGAACUAUUGCACGAUACCCCGAGGACGAGGGGGUCCUGAAUGAUGGCACCGUGUCUACUCGGGUCAGGGCUGGGAGACGAAGAAGACGGAGGAGAAGAAAGGAUUUGUUAUCGACUUCCCAGCAUUACAAACUGCGCGACAUUGUCGUCUUGCCGCACAAGACUCGGAAUAACCGCAUUCAGGACUGCAGCUUUAUGAAGUUGGACGAUUACUGUACUCCGUAAACUACGACGUAAUACUAAUGCUGAUCAAGGUUUCUCCUCG